UAAAUUAGAAUCUUUACUCUGUGGGCCAUCUCAUGUAUGAUCAUUAACGCCAGCCCUUCUCUCUUUCUGUUUCUGCCUCCACAGUGCACAGUCAUGUCGCAUCGUAAAUUCUCAGCCCCUCGUCAUGGACAUAUGGGUUUUCUGCCUCACAAACGCAGCAAGAGGCACAGGGGCAGGGUGCGGUCCUGGCCCAAAGAUGAUCCAAGCAAGCCUGUCCACCUAACAGCUUUUCUGGGUUAUAAAGCUGGCAUGACCCAUACCCUCAGGGAAAUGCACCGCACUGGCCUUAAGCAAUCAAAGCGUGAAGAGGUGGAGGCAGUAACCAUCAUUGAUACUCCUCCAGUCAUUGUGGUGGGAGUAGUAGGAUAUGUGAGCACUGUGCGCGGCUUGCGUGCACUCAAGACCAUCUUUGCAGAACAUCUAAGUGAUGAGUGCAAGCGCAGAUUUUACAGAAACUGGUACAAGAGCAAGAAGAAGGCCUUCACAAAAUACAGUAAGAAGUGGCAGGAUGAGACAGGGAAGAAACAACUGGACAAAGAUUUUGCAGCAAUGAAGAGAUACUGUUCAGUGAUAAGAGUUUUAGUGCACUCCCAGAUGCGCUUGCUACCCAUUAAGCAGAAAAAAGCCCACAUUAUGGAGGUGCAGCUUAAUGGAGGUACCAUCUCAGAUAAAGUGGAUUGGGCCAAAGAGCGACUAGAGCAGGCCAUUCCAGUUUCUGCUGUCUUUACCCAGAAUGAAAUGAUUGACAUCAUUGGUGUCACCAAGGGACAUGGUUUUAAAGGAGUAACAAGUAGAUGGCGCACAAAAAAGCUUCCCCGAAAAACUCACAAGGGUCUGAGGAAGGUUGCUUGCAUUGGAGCUUGGCAUCCCUCUCGGGUUGGAUACACUAUUGCUCGUGCUGGUCAGAAAGGCUACCAUCACCGCACUGAGCUUAACAAGAAAAUUUUUCGCAUUGGCCAAGGUGUCCACAUGCAAGAUGGAAAAGUCAUAAGGAACAAUGCCUCCACUAACUAUGACACCAGCCAGAAAACUAUCACUCCCAUGGGAGGCUUCCCUCACUAUGGUGAAGUGAAUAAUGAUUUUGUCAUGCUGAAAGGAUGCGUUGUUGGAGCCAAGAAGCGUGUUCUAACAUUGAGAAAGUCUCUGCUUGUGCACACAUCUCGCAAGUCCAAAGAAGAGAUUGAACUCAAAUUCAUUGAUACUACUUCCAAGUUUGGUCAUGGUCGUUUCCAGACUGCACAGGAGAAGAGGGCUUUUAUGGGGCCUUUGAAGAAAGAUGCACUGAAGACUGUCAAAGAGCCUCAACAAGAAGCUUAAGAGCUUUUUGAUCUAAAGCAUAAAGUGAUAGUGUCAAUGCUGUCAAGUGAUUUAUGACAUUGUUUCAUUAAAAGAAAAACAUAUUA